AACUAUUCAUUCGGUAAACUUGGCUGAGUCAGGUUGAGUCAAACCUUUGUUAAAAUUUUUGUCACAAUAACACAGUCUCAUUUUUGGGUGGUUUGGUUCAGUAGCGAAAUUGGUCCAGGACUUGUUCAUACUUUUCUUGUCCCAAUAAUAUUUCUGCCUCAAUAUUUAUUUCGUGUUUGCCGAUAUAAUUUGCUAGUUUACGAUACAGUUUAUUGUACAGUGGCAAAAAGAAAAUAUCAUUAAAUAACGGUUAAAUUUGAGAAGUUGACAUUCAAUAUUAAGAGUUACACGUAUAUAGAAAGACGUAAAAAAAGAGUUAACAAUCCAAACACAAUCAUAUAAACUAUUUCGUUUUAUUGUUUUCUCUAUAUGUUCAUAUGAAGUGUUUACCAUUUGGGAAGGUUGUGAAAUCACUUGAAACGAGAAGUGCUAAAAUUUCGUAACGUAACGUCACCCUCGACUAAAAUCAGUAAAGGAUAUUUCUUCUACAGAGAUCUGUAAUAUUUAUCAUAUACGCAGCGUUGUUGGGUGAAUAUUAACUAGAAGUUGGAUUGAAGCAAGUAGUGUGGGAUUAUUAUCCAAGUCAGUUUUAGUGUGAUUUUUAAGAUCUCGUGGCAUUGGAAGUGACGUUAAUUUUGUUUCGUUUGCAAUUAAAUUACGACAACAGUAAAUAAAUUGCAGAAAAAUGAGUUCCCACCAUCAAAACGGUCAUCAUGAAAAAUCCCCCCGACCAGAUUCCGCAGUACAAUGGUCAGGCACUAAGAAACAGCACCAGAUGCAGAUGCAAUUUCCACCCCAGGAACACAGAGCCCCUGUCGUGAGGCGUCGCAAGCAAGAACCCGACUGUGUCCCGGUCGUCGCUGGAGUAAAAGUGGUCGCCUUGUUCUCAAUCUUACUCGGGAUAGGAUCGAUCGGGGUGUGUGGUUGGGUGCUACACAGAUCGAUUCAAGAUUGGCGAAAUCCCACAUUGGUCACGGCGAAUAAUUUGCUGUCACAAGUGAACACCUUUUUCGGAGGGACGACGGGUCUUUACGACCUUGAUGUCAUCUACAGAAUUCUUACGGCUUGCUCUGCCACCGGGUUUAUCGGAGGCGUUUGCCAAUUCUUCUUAUCUUUGUGGCUUCUCCUUGCGACGGAAGGGGGUGGUCGAACGGUCUCCAGAAUUUGGGUUAUUGCCCACGUUUUGAUUAUCUGUGCCAUCGGGGGAGCCUUUCUGUGCAUCAUGACGAACGAGUUGCAAAUUUCGACCCCGAUUAUCGUAUUCUUAUCGGUGACGGGUACCGAUUUCCUUCUCCUCCUCCCCUUCUGCUGGGUCGUCUUUAUGUACAGUGCGUGGAAAGAUCCAAAUACUUAUGUCUAAAAUUGUGUAACAAUUUGUUAUCCUCGUGUUCAAAAUGUAUGUAAAAGUGACGACGAGUACGUCGAUGGUGAAGAUGCAAAAAGUUGACAACUACAUUUUGCUCUACUUCGCAAAUUUGACAUCAUGACGUAAACAUUAUUAUUAUUCUUAUUGUUAUUGAUUGCAUUUUAUUAAUAAUUAACAAUUUUAACAAUAAAGUUUUUUAAAUAAUUUUAUACAAAAUAAAUUUCAU